CCGAUCCUCUCUCAACUUAGUUCACCGUACUCGUUUUCCAGGACGUGUCCUUCGUUGCUUCGAUCCUUUCCGUCCACAGGCCCAAACAGUGCUUUGACAACACUGAAGGAUCGAUAACCUGCCCGUUUGGCAAAUGGAUAUCAUAUAAGACCAGUCCCAGUCCUGAAUCUGCUGUUACUUAUCCCGGAAGUACCGCCCUAGACGGUUGUCAAAGCCAGGACAACAUUUCACUCGUCUUCGCACACUUGUCGCAAAUCAGAAUGUCGCAAUCAACAAUAGAAACGCAAUCCGUUUUCGAUCGGCUGAACGCCGUGGCCUUGAACUCCAAAGGUCCUGUGAUAUCAGCAUCGCCAGUAGCCGUGGCUAUCAAUGGAACGUUGCAAGACAUCAAUUUAGCCGACUCCAAUAUCUUCUUGCCCGUGAAAACCUCAGACAAGUUCUUGGAGCACACUAUCGGCUAUGCGGUUCAGGAACAGGCGUAUAUUGCCAAAAUGAACUAUCUUUUGGAGGAGGGUGAAAAGCUGCUGUCCAGUCUAUACAGCUACCGAAGUUGCAGCAGAGCAAUACCCCAGGUGCAAAGCAACGAUCAGACGAACCGGCUCGAGAUGUACGAAACGACUUUCACUGUCCUCCAACCGGAGGUGAACAAAAUGCGAAAGUUCAUGGCAUUCAGGGAUGCCGCCAUCACCGGCGUGACGGAUAUCUUUGCGAAGCUGAUCCCGAAAGCACGGGACACUGAGCUAUUCGCAAGCACGCAGUACCUAGAGGCCUCUGCACGGUUACUGGACAUGUUCGUAAUUAUGGACGCCAUGAAGAAUGUGAAGGGAUCCAUGAACAACGACUUUUCAAUGUACCGGAGGGCUGUGCAGAGUUCCAAUAGAGAUAUAAGCGAAGACGAAACGGUGAUGCAACACAAGCUGUAUUCCUUCCUCGCCAAUCAGGACCAGUACUCCUCCGAGCUGAAGACCCGCCUAGCGACGCUUCCACCCACCUAUGAAGAAAUCAUAAUAGAGAUGAUGGAAUUGUGCGCGACUCGGCUCGAGACGUCAGAUUUCAUACCGGCGAGGACAAAGCAUACGUACUAUCGGGCUAUAGCUUUUGCGCUGUACUUGCUGGACGGCGCAGGAGAUGACCAUGAUAUCACAAAGCGGAAGAAGUUCAAAAUUGAGCGCUUUGGGAAGCUGUUCAAGGCGUGCCCUGUAGUGCCACUUUUCGCCGAUCAAUAUGUCUUCCUAUCGACCAUCUAUGGGAAAGCCCCUCACUUGGGGAACGUCAAGUGGGAAGAGACGGACGAAACUGCAAAAGCGGCCCUGGCGAGGACUUACAGUUUAGCUUUGAAUGUGGAUGCUACGCGACAAGAGUACACCGACAACAUGUCGUCGUUGAAGCGAGCGGUCAACAUUCUACGUUCAUCGGAGAUUGUGGCGGCACAGACAGUGCUAAAGGACGUGUAUACCAUUGUGGAGCAGUCUGUGAAGCUUCUCGUGCGGACAUCGACAAAGGUGUUGGAGCAGAGUGCAUGGAAGUAUGCGAAUCCCGUCAACCCGCAACUGGUGCCGUCAAUACCAGCGGAAGCCUUCUCAUAUGAGCUGGCGGUUCGUUAUAACUACAGCGUCGAGGACAAACGGGCAUUGAUCGAGUACAUAGCGAUGAUCAAAAACCUGACAACAACGCUCCUCGACCUCGAACCCGCAAUUCUCGUAGCGAUUAACCAGCACAUCUAUGCAGACAUCCAGCAAUUCGUCAAUCUGAAACUGAAUGACUAUCAUGCUCACGCUAGCAAGAAGAAGAGGGCUGUUGCUUCUAUCAUGAAACACCUCCGCGAUAUCCUGCUCCAACCGGCGGAGGAGGUUAGGGAGAGUAGGAUAAAGGAUUCGCCCAAGCCGCAUUCGAUUUCGCCAACGCAGCUACAAAUGCUAUGCACCGUCCUUCACCUUUGCUUCAGCGACAAAGCAAAGGGCAUGAAAGGCGGCCUGAUGAAGGAAAAGGAUUUCAAAGAUGCUCAAGUGGCUGAGGUCGAUGCCUUCUUGGCGAGGACGGCGCUGUACUUCCCGAUGUUGAAUCUGGAAGGCACUGUGCAGCAAGUCGGAAAUCUGGCAAACUUGUGGUUUAAGGAGUUCUAUUUGGAAUUGAGCAAGAAAGUCCAGUUUCCCAUCAGCAUGUCGCUUCCAUGGCUAUUAACGGAAUCGAUACUGGAGAGUAAUGACACCGAGAUGCUGCAGUACACCUUCUAUCCAUUCGAGCUCUACAAUGACUCUGCUUUCCGGGCAUUGUAUUACCUGAACAGCAAGUUCAUUUAUGACGAAAUCGUCGCUGAGGUCAGCCUGUGUUUUGACCAGCUGAUUUUCAAAACGAGCCAGAAAAUGUAUUCGCACUUCAAGAAAGCAGCUGGAGCAAUCGUUCUAUCCUCCGAUCUAAAAGGCGACAUGAAUCUGGCUCACAUGGACUUUGCGCUGGGCACAUACGCUCCGAUUCUGCAACAGAAGAACUAUCAGCUGCUAGGCCGUUCCCUAAACAUUCCCGACCUCAUCGCCAACAUGAUGAACACUUAUCUCCGCAAAUCCAUCGAUAUCGCUAUAAGUCGUUAUGAAGCGAGCGAUUUCACGCAUAUCAUGGAUCUGGAAACACUCAUCCGCACGGUUCACACAACCCACAAGCUCCUAUCCGAGUACAUGUCUCUGGACCCAUUCGAAGACAUGCUGGCCGAGGUGGAUGAGGCGAUGACGUUGGGUGCGGCGAAUGGACGGAUCGUGACGCACACCAUCGCCGAGUUGGUGUACGAUGUGAUGCCGAACUAUACGUUCAACAACGUCACGAAUAGGUUCUUGCGGGGACCCGAUCCAUUCACAAAGCCGAUAUCCAGGAAUAACCUUUCGAAAGCGCUAGUAUUCCAUUUGUAUGGUUCCAAGGCUCAGUCCGUAGCAUUCCAUGCUCAAAACGGAAUAUUCAAAGGCUACAUGGGGGAAGAACACUUCCAUUCCCUCGUUCGUCUGGUGGGCAAGACGAGCGUUGCAGCGAUAACCGCCGAGCUUGCUAGGCAGGUUAACGCUAUGAUUACAGACACUUUGAGCGCAUACAUUCGUGAGAUAGCAAAGGGCACUCCGCAAGCGCUGAAACUGCCGCUAUUCGAGUAUGGAACGGCAGGGACCUUCGAGUACUUUGCAGCGCACUUGAAGCCACUGUUAUCCUACGCGGCUCUCAAAUCCGACGUACUUCAGUCUUUCCGGAAAGUCGGGAACGCUGUUGUGAUUGUCAAGUUCUUGGAAGAUGUUUUGGCCAUCGAUGGAACCUUGCAGGAGAUCCAGAGUAAGGCGUUUGGGUCACAGCAACUCUCAAACAACCCACGGUCCUCCGCGUCGCUUUCCGCAGAGAACACUGACUCAAUAGCAUCGCCUGAGGAGCAAGCUGCAAUUCAUUUUCAGGAAGCCCUGAAAAUCAAUCAACAAAUCUACGCACCCUCCCCGCCUCCUGCCAUCAUGGAAACAUUCCUCACCUCCCUACGGGAUACAUUGGAGGACGCCGCGGACGAGUGGCAAGCUCAUGGAAGUCUGGAGAAUCCACGUGCCUUCUUUCGUAUAUGGAGUUCGUUGCAGUUCACGUUUUGUGUGCCGAGUGUUGGGGAGGGAAAGUUAGUGAGGGAGCUUUUUGGCGACGGAUUGGCAUGGGCUGGAUGCACAUUUAUCCAUCUGCUCAACCAAACGGAUCUUUUCACCGCAUUCGAUUUCAACUCCCACGUCCUUUCCGCGCAAAAAGCCGACAAGAAAGCCGCGCAUCUCACUUUCGGAUUCGGCAGCUACGGGGGCAACGCGCCCAACCCCGUCACCGGCGAAAAGCCGCCCACAAGCGAUCCGGCAGGGUCGCCGAUCGGCACACCGGCAGCGACAGCAGCUGGGCUGAGAUCGGAUGUGAUACAGUAUCUGGAAAGCGCUGCAUUUUAUCAGAAUGUGAAUGAGGAGGUGUUUGCGACGUUGGUGGGCAUGCAGUCAGUCAUUUGAAAGGCUUCCUUGAUAUUGAACCGGUCAAA